GGGAGUAUGUUCUUGACUUAGCAGACAAGAGAAGGAAGAGAGGUUGGUGUUUAAAAAAGUUUUUUUUUUUUUUUCCUGGUCAUUGAAGAAAUACACAUUUAAAGGAAAAGAAUUUGGAAAACAAACAAAGAUUGAUAUUAAUAUAGAUAUACAUUGAACUGCCUAUAAUCCACAUUCAAGAUAGCCACUGUUAAUAAUUGAAAAUACAUCCUGGUAGCCUUUUUCUAUAUGGAGGUAGGUGGCUAGCUAGUUUGAUUAAUUGAUUUUGAGAGUAAUGCAUAAAUGAAAUUACAUUACCUCAGAUUAUUAAAAAAACAGCUUGUGUAAUAACACUUUAGAAACAUAUAACUGUAGUGUAUGUGUAGGUUGGAUAUAGAGAAAGCUACAAAUAUGAAAGCCAUUGAGAAUGCUGUUGCAGGGGUGCCUGGGUGGCUCAGGUGGUUAAGCAUCUGACUCUUGAUUUCAGCUCAGGUCGUGAUCUCAGGAUUGUGAGACUGAGCUCAGUAUCUGGCUCUGCGUUGGGUGUGGAGCUUGCUUAAUGUGGUCUCUCUCCCUGUCCCUCUGCCCCUCCCCACCAAAGAAAAGAAUGUUGUUGCAAUGAUUAAGAGAAGACAAAUUCUUGAACUUGGGGGCUAUGGAAAAAAGAGCGGUGUGUGGUUUAAAAAAUAUUUCUAGAGAUGGUGGUUCAAGUGUUUUAGAAGAAGGAAGGGAAAACCCAAAAAACUAUUGAUCCCUUCCAGGUGACAAACCUGGAUUACUGGGGGGUUGGGGAACCAUGAACAUGAUGUUGGCUUUGGAGGAGGGGAGGAUUAUGUGCAUAUUUUUACACAUGGUGAGUACAUUGUGGUGGUCAGCAGGCAAUCAGAGACGUGGGUUGAGAACAAGAAUGCAGAUUUGAGAUUUAUUUACAUUUUCAAGAUUGCUCAAGAAGGAAGAUUUCUGAAGGAGAGAAGAGAUAAAAGAAGAAAGAAAUGUGGUGACAUCCGUAUUUAGGAAGACCAGGGGCCAGACAAGGAAAAGUCAGAACUGUUGGAGAACUUGGAGGUCCUUGUAGUCAAGGGUGGAAACAAUUUCAAAAAUGGGUUAUUUGUAGCCUAAAAUGUUACAGAGACCACAAGGAAGAUGAUUUUGAGCACAAAAGAUGAAGAGAAGUAAUGUAUGAGGUACCUAACACAAUUCUGGGUACAUGGAAAGAACUCAGCUAAUAGCAAGUAUUAUGAUGGAAUGAUCAUUAAAUAUGGGAGUUAGGAAGUAUUUUUCAGACCCACCAAAUCUCUUAUACAGAGUUAGAGCUUAACAAAUACACUGAAUGGAAUGAUGAGCAAUGGCAUACAAUAGAGGAAGAGUUUAGGAGUGUUGAUAAUGUGGAGGUGUCCAACUCCUAGAUUCUGGGAUUUACCAUGCAUACAGGUUAGUAUGCCUGGGGAGCCAGGCCAGCCAUCACGGAGUAUAGUCAAGACAGGGCUUGAUGGAAACUUCCCACUAAGAUUUCCUGGCUUCUCACAGGUAGUACAGAGAACUGGCAUCAAGUGCAAUGAGUAACGUCAGUGUCGUCAGGGAAUUUGUGCUGCUGGGGUUUUCACAUCUCCAUGAGUUCCAGAUCCUCCUGUUUGCAUUCAUCCUAUUGAUAUAUGUGCUAACAGUACUGGGGAACCUGGCCAUUAUCACCCUCACAUGCCUUGAUUCCCACCUCCACUCACCCAUGUACUUCUUCCUCUGCAACUUCUCCUUCAUGGAAAUGCUGGUCACUUCCACCGUGGUUCCUAGGAUGCUGGCAGACCUGCUAUGCACUCAUAAGACCAUUUUCCCGGCUGAGUGCCUCACCCAGUCGUUCCUUUACUUCUCUUUGGGUUCCACCCACUUCCUGAUUCUCACAGACAUGGCCUUCGAUCGCUACUUGGCCAUCUUGCCUCUGCACUACCCAACCAUCAUGAAUGGUCCCAUGUGUGUGAAGCUGGUGGUGGUCUGCUGGGUGGUCGGCUUCCUCUCCAUCGUCUCCCCCACCCUGCAAAAAACACGGCUAUGGUUCUGCAACCCUAACAUCAUCAGCCACUACUUUUGUGACUCUGCCCCACUUCUCAAGCUUUCCUGCUCUGAUACCCGCCACAUUGAAUGCAUGGACUUCUUCCUGUCCUUACUAUUUGUGCUGGCCACCAUGCUGCUGAUCAUAGUGUCCUACGUCCUCACUGUGGCUGCAGUUCUGCACAGCCCCUCCUUCUCUGGGUGCCGGAAGGCCUUCUCCACUUGUGCCUCCCACCUCACUGUGGUGGUUCUGGGCUAUGGCAGUGCCAUCUUCAUCUAUUUGAGGCCAGGCAAGGGCCACUCCACACACCUCAACAAGGUGGUGGCUCUGAUGACUACAGUAGUGACCCCUUUCCUCAAUCUCUUCAUCUUCACCCUUCGGAAUGAGAAGGUCAAGGAGGUCAUUGAAGAUACGGCCAAAAGGCUCCUCUUCAGAGAUGCAGCAGUCCACAGAUGAGAAGGCCCAAGAGCACCUAUUAAGUCACAGGAGUAAGGACCCUCCACUGCCCACACUGGAGCUCCUCAGUCUCCUUCUUCCCAGUCUCUCCUGCUCCCUCACCCCCACAGAAGUCUGCUUACUCACUACAGAGAGCUAAGGAGCUCACACCAUCUGAAUGUUUCAAAGGCAAGUAUCUGUAAGCCUGAGAUAGACAAGGAAUAGGUGAUUUUGAGGGAGCCUUGGAGUGAAAACAGUAUGAUAAUAUCAGCAAAGAUAUUAUCCAGAUAAAAUUCUCAGUCCAGGAUUUGGUACAUGGUAAAAACUCUGUAAAUGUAGCUCUUAUUAUAAAAAUGUGUUAUUAAAAUCUCUCCUUCCCAGUCUGGCUGUAUGGUUUUGUUUACAUUCCUUUUUCAUUUAUUUGUCUGCAACUUUUUUGGGGGGUGUUUUUCUUUCUCAUGAACUGACUUCAGAAUCUAAGAUAGGGUUCUGAAAGUGGGAGUUUCUCUGAGAAGAGCAGAGAGGGUUGGCAUCAUCCAAAUAGAAGAAACUUUGUGCCUCCCACUGGGACCGCUUCUCUGGGAUUGCUCGUAAAGUAGUAACACUACUUACACCCAGGCUGCCCACUGCUCCUGUCCAGCCCCUCCAAAUCUCUUGCUUUUAAACAGAAAUGACUCUCUGGGGGCCACUUUCUCAGCCCCUUACACAGAUAGGUCAUGAGAGCCCCAGGCCUAACUUUAUCCUUCCGGUGCUCUCAAGAAAGAAGGGAAAGCUAGAUCAUUGUUCCCAGACUGACUAUCUUCCCCUUUACAAGCGCUAGUACCUCUCUUCUAUAGAACUUAGAUCCAUCUCCCAGAGGAAGGGCCUUCUGAGGUUGGCUUUCCUGGAAGCAGCCUGGACAGGAGGUUACCAGGGGCCCUGGUGGUAAAGCAAAGAUGGUGGAAGCCAGCUGAGAAAGGAAGAAAUGGAGUGGGACUGGAGUUGUGGAGGCAAGGCUUUCCCUGGCAAUCCGGGAAUGGUUUAGGAAGUUAGGGGGAGACUGUGGGAGUGGGAGUAGCUCUAGUGUCUGAUUUCUUGUACCAGCUUGAAUCUGGACUGGGCUGGGAUUUGUAGAACAGGACAAAGAGUAAAUGCAAAUUUCUUCCUACUUCUGAAACUAGCUCUGCCCACAGGAUAUCUAGAGGAGAGGUCUUGGUCCUUAUGUGCAGUGUGGAUAGGCCAGUGUAGGGGCCACCCCAUAGAGCCACAGCUGUGAAGUAAGGGGUGGGGGAGAGGGAACAUCUCAAAGUAUAGAGAGUAUAGAGAAUGGGAAAUGUGCAUUCCGGAGAGACGCAACUGAUAUGUAAAAUAAUGUAGACAUAAAAAUGGCAUAUUGUAUGGGCAACGAAAGCACAGGGAGAUCAAAGAUAUUUUCACAAAUCAGAUCCAAGUCUCUUGGGGAAUUUGUAAGUGUCCUCUGAAGGAUGCUCCACUCACUGAAAUCACAGGACACAGCUGUUUUAUAACAAACUUGGCAGUGGGUACAAAGGGCAUCGAUGUGGAAACCUUUGCAUGCUAGGGCAGUUACUGUAUUCACAAAAGGUACUAUUUCCUUUCAGUUUUAUUGCUUGCAGUUUUGAACAUGACCUAAGUAAGUUCAGAAAGACCUAGGAAUAGUUCUGUUAAAGGACAAGUCCAUGAGGUUUGCUUCUAUAGGAAUUGGCACGUAUCUGACCCAAGGGAAGGAGAAUGACAAAGGUGCUGGGUUGAAUGGGGAACAGGAUCUAAGAGAACACGAAAGGUGGAAUGCUACAGUGAUGCUCUGAAGCCCUCUUGAGAACUGAUAGUUAAGUUUUCAGGAAUGUAACAGAACAUUAUUAAAAAUUAAAUAGUAGAAACUUACAAUCAAGCAGAUUAUGUUAAAAACAAAAGUAAUAAAAAUUCAAAACUCCUAAUUAUUUCACUACAUUUUACUUUUAUCUAUGCUACUGAAGUUGUUUGUUUCAUGUUAGUAGUUUGAAACUGGACUGGACGGGGGUAAAAUAGACACCAGAGAAAUUGGCAAAUGCUGGAGGUCAGUAAAUGCUCCAAAUAGAGACGUGGUUAAACAUUUACCAGCAGACCACUGGAUCACUGCCUCCUUUCUUCAGUAUCUGUGAGGCAUUGUUGCAAGGAACAUAUUUACAUUAGGAAAUUGAAAGCUUAAAGAAUUGAUGAACUAGAUUGAUGUGAACAUGGUCCUCUACAGACAACAUUGAAAUUUUCUAACUUGGCCUUACAGGGUUUUACACCUUACCAAACUUCUAAAAUUCCAUGUAUGCAAGGCCUUCAUGCUACCUACUGACCACUGCAGGACCCAAGCCUGA